AUGCCUCCAGCCAAGAGACUAAAAACCAACGUCGACUGGUCAUGGGUCGGCUUCGAAGCAGAGACCGCCUCCGAGAUCACGCUGGAGCAUCGGCGUCGAGCGGCCGGACUGGUCGGUGUCCAGGCGUGCAAGUUUGAUCCUUACCCACCCGUCGAGGAAGUCAAGAAUGGGGAGGGAAGUAAGCCUAGAUGGAGUGCUGUAUCUGCGGCCAAGGCGAAGGUGGACCUUACUUGCUCUGCGAAGCUGUGUAAGGGGAAGGCGAGGUGUUAUAAUCACCUGGGGGCGAAUAAGAAUGUCGGGAAGGAUGCGAAGAAGAACUUUAUAGAGCAGAAGAUGGGGGACGAACCGGAACAUCGAGAGAAGGGGGUGCCGGCGGGCCUGAGGAAUAUGGGCGCUACUUGCUACGCCAACGUCUACCUUCAACUAUGGUACCACAACAUCCCCUUCCGCACCGGUCUCUACUCGUGCGACAUCACGCCCGGCUCGUUCCUCUCGCACCUCGUCAAAGUGUUUGCGGCGCUGGAGCAUAGCAAGCGGAAGGUCGUGGAUCCGAGCGGGCUCGUAGAAGCUUUGGAGCUUAAGGCGGAUGAUCAGCAGGAUGCUGGAGAGUUCGCGACGCUCUUCAUGAACGUGAUCGAAAAGGAGCUGGCUCUGCAGGCGGAUCCGAAGCUGCAGACAUUGGCCGAACGACUUUUCGAAGGCAAGCGGAGCUUUCGGACGCAAUGUCACGGAUGCGCAGCUACCAGUACACGGGAAGAAAGCUUUCUCGAACUGGAACUCAACCUGAAAAACAACGAAACCCUUCAGGACCGUUUCCGCGCCUUUAAGGCCGGCGAGGUCCUCACCGGAGACAACAAGUACCGCUGUUCGGCAUGUUCCGAACUGUGCGAAGCGACCCGCCGGAUCGCGAUUGUGGAAUUACCGCCAUACCUACACUUCAGCCUCAUGCGGUUCACGUACGACACCAAGGACGAGGAGCGGAAGAAGAGCAAGGCGGUGAUCAAGUAUCCGAAGAGUGCGACGUUUGCGGGGAAGGAGUACGAGCUGUGUGCGGUGGUUUUGCAUUUGGGGUCGUCGCCGUAUCAUGGUCAUUUCGUAACGGAGCUAUAUGACGAACAGUCCAAAGAAUGGUACACCUGCUCCGACAAGAGCGUGACGAAGCGCCUCCCAAACGCGCUCAAAAAGCUCGGUCAGCCCCCCGGUACCAAUGGCGAGAGCUACGAAUCGUCCAAAGAUGCGUAUAUGCUCGUGUACAAGAAGAAGUCGGACCGGCCGGCGGCAGCGGGAGACCAGGUGGGGCCGCCGGAAGUGGCGAUGCAUGCUGUGAGGGAGGAUAAUGAGAAGUUUGAGGGAGAGGUCAGGGAGUGGACUGAGAAGUGUCAAUUGGCGGCUAUGGAGUUUGAGACGUUGAAGGGGAUCAAGGAGCCUGUUAUUGCUGCGUUGUCCGGGGACGACGUCAUCAUUCCCCGGAAUGAGCUCCAGCGAUGGCUCGAAGGAGAUAUGGACGCUCUCUCUGCCCCUAUCGACUACUCCUCCCUCGCCUGCUCCCACUCCACCCCUGAAUCCUCUCCUAUCCCUCUCGAUCCCACCAAAAUGUCCGACUGCCGCCUUAUCUCCCGGGCCGCUCUGGACGGUAUCCGCGUCUCCACUCCAUGCGCCGACGCGGAGAUAUGUCCUCUUUGCGUCGAGUCGAGAUUCACCUCCCGAAUGUCCCGCUCGGAUCGGGAAGACCAGGUCCGGACGUUUGAUUCGCUCAAUAUCAUCCGGGUUGACGGGGGCGGAAAUGAGGGAGAAGAAGAACCAUACCUCAUCUCCAAAGCGUGGCUUGAUGGAUGGCGUCGACACUCCCUCUCCCCACCCACGGCUAUGCCCACCGACCCCGGAUACUCUUUGUACUGCGGCCACGAUAACCCAUUCCCCUCGGGCCGGACUCACGUCCUGAUCACCCCCUCCGCACUUGCCCUACUUCAUUUUGCCGUCGGCCACUUUCCCGCCUUCACGCCUUCCACUCCUUCUUGCGCUCUGUGCGCGAAAGACUCUGAAAGCGACGCAGAAGCCCGGAUCCUCUGGCUCGCGGAAAUCAAGAAGGACAAGGCGAUCAAGCGGGAGUUGAACCCCAAGAACAAGAUUUUUGGGGAGACGUAUUAUAUCCUCUCGACCCCCUGGGCACAGGCGUUCUGGGUAUAUCAGACGGAUCCCACCUUCCCGCGGCCGAUAUACACGCCGGAUCUGUGUCCGCAUGGCCUGCUUAAGAUAGAUCCGGCGGAAGAUGAGGGAUUGUCGUUUGUGACGCAAAAAGGAUGGGAGGCGUUGCAGGAGCGGUAUGGUCCCCAGGAGGCCAUGACGAUGGUCUGGGCGGAUGACGCGGAGGAGGGGAAGCACUGGCCCUGGAAACAAGUAAGACCGGGGGUGUGUGCGGGGUGUAGAAGGGAGAGGAGGCUCGUUUGGACCGAGACGGAGAUCCAGGUUUAUCUGGACCAAGGGGAGGAGGAGGACGGGGAGAAGGCAAAGGAGAAGUCGGAUGGCGGGAACGCCAACAGGAAUGGCUCGAACGGAUCUCGGUCGAACGGUUCCGGUCCUUCGAAUACCGGCUCGGCGUCAGCGGAACGAGAACCCCGACGGACUUCCGAGAACGCCUUCAAGCUCAACAUCCGCGUCGCCCCUCCCCCUACUUCCUCGUCCACAAUCCCAUCCAAGCGCUCCCGCCUCUCUCGAGGAAGCACGACCCGCCGCCCCAAACCCUUCCUCUUUCGCGCCAUCCCCGACUCGACCGUCCACUCGCUCCGUCUGGCGAUAUACGAAGAAUUUCAGAUUUCACCCAUCUCCCAGUCGAUCUGGUAUGAUGGAAAAGAGUUGACGGAUCGGGAUCGGACGAUGCGGGAGGUGGGGAUGGUCAGUUUUGGGGAAAUCAGGGUUAAGGAGUUGAAGGAGGAAGAUGAGGAUGCGUUCUUUGCGAAGGAGAAUGGAGGGAGGGGGGGAAAGAAGGGGGGGAAAGAGGAGGGGUUUGGGGGGACGGCGUUGACGGGAUAUGCGGGGCGGGCGGGGAGUAGAGUGAGGGAGGAUAGUGCGAGUGCGAGUGCGAGUGCGCAUGGGAGUGUGAGCGGGAGUGUCCGGGGCAGUGGAAGUGGGAGCGCUAAGGGAAGUGCGGUUGGAAGCGGGAGCGGGAGUACGCGUGGGAAAGACGGAGAAGGUAUCGGUGCAGGGGUGGAAGAGGGGAAGAUGGAGUGGGAGGCGGACUGGGAGGACGAUACCGAGCAGAAGGACGAGAAGGGCAAGCAGGGGAGGGCGUGUCCGGAUUGUACGUACAUCAAUGUGUAUGGGGCCAAGGGGUGUGAGGUGUGUAGUAGGCCGUUUGUUUUGGACGAUGAGGAGGUGUAG